CAAAGCUAGCCAAAAAGCAAGCACUAGUGCAAGCACAAGAAGUACUCGGGUGCAGGCACAGCUCAACUUCGAGCAUGUCUUCAUCCAGCCACAGCUCAACUUCGAGCUCUAUUUCCGAUACUAGCUCGACGACCUCGAGCUCUAUUUCAUCUACUUCCACUAUUAGCACGACGAGCUCGUACUCUAUUUCCACUCAUUCCGAUACUAGCUCGACUUCAGAUUCCGAUUCUAGCUGGAAGCCGACCUCAUCGGCCCACCCUCCAGCCUCUCGUCGUCGUCGCAAGAGCGUGCGGUCGGUCACCAAGAAGAAGUCCCACAAGAAAAAGUCCCACAAGAAGAAAAGUCCCACAAGAAGAAGUCUCGUCCGGUGGCUGUUUCUGCUGAGCGUGAGGCUUCUCCCCAAAAGAAGCCCCCCAAGAGGUCUCGUCCGCGGGGCUGUUUCUGCUUCCGUUUCUAGC